AUGUCGGCAUUCAAUGAGCCUGGAGAUACACCUGCAGACUCACGUAGUCUAGAUAGCGACCGCAAAUGGAGUCUGCAACCUCUUCUUCGCAGUGCUGAGCGCUCGCAUAGCAAAAUGCCCGGUAUCAGGAAGAUUCCUCUUCGAGCCAUUGGAAUUAUUGCAUUGAUUGCGUUUUUGAAUAUUCUCGUUUGGGUUGCAGCGGCUAUUGUGCUGAGUUACCAUCCUUCGCUGGUUUCUACAGCCGCCCUUGCCUAUUCUCUUGGAUUGCGACAUGCAUUUGAUGCAGAUCACAUUUCUGCUAUCGAUUUAAUGACCAGAAGACUUCUGGCAACGGGACAACAGCCCGUUACCGUGGGAACUUUCUUCUCGCUUGGUCACUCAACUAUCGUGAUUAUCACGUCUAUUGUCGUCGCAGCCACAGCAGCAGCAGUCUCUGAGCGCUUUGACAGUUUCAGCACGGUCGGUGGCAUCAUUGGCACCUCUGUCAGCGCUGCCUUCUUGAUCCUGCUUGGUCUUAUGAAUGCGUACAUCCUGUAUAAACUUGUAAAACAGAUGCAAAAGGUCUUCAGUCUCCCCGAAGGUCACGAAGAUGAAGCAUGGAAGAUCGAGGGUGGAGGAAUCCUGUUCAAGGUAUUGAAGAAGAUGUUCAAACUAAUUGAUCGUCCAUGGAAGAUGUAUCCCCUUGGGAUUCUGUUCGGUCUUGGCUUCGACACCUCCUCCGAAAUCGCUCUCCUUGGAAUCUCAUCCAUCGAAGCAGCCAAGGGAACCUCCUUUUGGGUGAUUCUCAUUCUCCCGGCGCUAUUCACAGCCGGCAUGUGUCUCCUCGACACAAUUGACGGAGCCCUAAUGUUCUCCCUCUACAUCCAACCGGCGGCCAACUUCCUCCCGCAAAAGCCAACAAGCACCAUCUCAGACACCUCAUCAACAGCCAGCGAUCCAGACGAGCUCCCGCAGUCGCGAAACAACCACCGCGAUCCAGUCGCAUUCCUAUACUACUCAAUCGUGCUAACCACGCUAACUGUCAUCGUGGCGAUUGUGAUUGGCGUCAUCCAGCUGCUCAGUCUCAUCCUGAACGUCACAGAUGCCAAAGGCAAGUUCUGGGACGGUGUUCAGGUCGCUGGUGACUACUACGAUGCUAUUGGCGGUGCUAUUUGUGGUUGCUUUAUUGUCUUUGGUGGAUUGAGCGUUCUGGCCUACAAGCCAUGGCGUAGAUGGAUGGAUCAGCGACAUGGGAAGAAUGUCGUUGACGAUGUGGAGAGGUAUAGAGAUGACGAUGUUUCUCCUGCCGAUGCCCCUGGUGGUGGUAUCAUUGUGACUGAGACAACUGGUGCUCAGCACAAGGGCACCACUACUGAAGUUACUGGGAAGGGGGCUUCGCCUCACGUUGCUAUCAAGGAGACUGGUGAGUCGAGACUUGAAGAUCACAUCGUCUAG